GAUCCAGAAGAUGACCCGUGUCCGAGUGGUGGAUAACAGCACCUUGGGAAACGCACCGUAUCACCGGCCGCCCAAGUGCAUUCACGUGUACAACAAAACUGGAGUGGGCAAAGUGGGGGAUAAAAUCCUCCUGGCUAUCAAAGGGGAAAAGAAGAAGGCCUUGAUUGUGGGUCACAGGAUGCCCGGCCCUCGCAUGACUCCCAGGUUUGAUUCCAACAACGUCGUGCUCAUUGAAGAUAAUGGGAACCCAACCGGGACAAGAAUUAAAACCCCGAUACCCUCUCUCCUGAGGAAGCGUCAAGGGGAAUUCUCAAAAGUAUUAGCCAUUGCCCAGAACUUUGUAUGACAAGUUAUUCAAACAUCAUGUUGCACAGUGUUUC